GUGCAAACGGACCAGCAGAGUCCGUUGGAAGCGGGGGCGAGAUCGCCAGAAGUUUCCGUCUUUAUUGACAGCUACCAGCAUCCGGCCCAAGACGGAUCAGACGGAGGUGUAGAAAAGGUCUCCUUGGUAGCUUCGCCAAAGCCAAGCGUGCUGUGGGAGCCUGGAUUUGUUGUUGACAGUUCCUGUUUCAGUCAGUUUGGCGGAGGUCUGCUGUCCUUUAUCCUCUUCUGGAAUCGCUACACCGCUUCAUUCCCACAGCAAGCCUUCCCCUCGAUCUGGUUCAUAUCUUCUGAGCCAAUCGCGGCCCGCGGCGUCAAAGCUGCAGUCGCCAGAGUAUGCCUGCUCGGACGUGGCGGAUAUGACGAAAAGAGGCGGCCGGGUCCUCUGCACAGGAGUGACCAGACCGGCAUGGAGCCACCGCCGAAGUUCGGCCGACCGACCUACCUAACUCACCAUAUGUUUCCCUACAUAGCAAGCCUAUCCCGCAGUCAUCCUCAGUCUGUCUGGAUGCAUAGAAACCCUAAACCCUAA